AUGAAAAACAUGGCCUUUCUUGUGGGUCUCUUUUGCACUUGUUCUCUAUUCUUUCUAGCAUCCAUGAAUGGUUUGGUUGGUGCAGCAAGGGUGUUCAAAGUGAGUGAUGAGUUGGGUUGGCAAGAACCUGGAGGCAACAACACUGCAAUGUACACCCAAUGGGCUGAAAGGAAUAGAUUUCAAGUUGGAGAUUCUCUCUUAUUGGGGUACAAGAAUGACUCGGUUUUUCAAGUGGACAAAUGGGGUUAUUACCACUGCAACACCAGCAAACCUAUUGUUGCCUUCAACAAUAGAAGGAGCAUUUUCAAUCUUGACAGGCCAGGACCUUUCUACUUUAUUAUUGGAGCCCCUAAUCACUGCAAAAAUGGCCAGCGUUUGAUUGUGGAAGUGAUGGGUCUGCACCACCAAAGAUCACAUUCUCCACCAUUCAUUGCAACUCCAUCUGAUUCUUAUCAGCUGGCACCAUCACCACAGCCAAGUUCAGGAGAAAUAGUCUCAGUGAGACUUGUUUCAGUCUUGGUGGUUCUUCUUGCCACAUUAGUAGCUUUACUAUGGUCACCUUAAAACAACUUUCAUAUGGCAUUUAUUCUUUGUCAAUCGGUGUCAGGUUUCAGCUAGCUGUUGGAAUCCUGUAUUAAAAAUUUGUCUUUUGAGUAAUUUCGUAGCUAUUGAACAUAAUUGCUUUCGACAUUCCAGGAUGAGUUUUGUUUGUUUCCAAUGUUUUUAA